AUGGGCGGAUGUGCUGGGAAAAGAGUGAGGAAGCCGUCCGAGGGCGAGGUCUAUGCCGUCACGAAGAUCCAGCCGUCCUCCCCGCCGAACACGUUGUGCUUCGUCGCGUUGUUCGACUACGAUGCUCGAACCGAUGACGAUCUGAGUUUCAAAAAGGGCGAGAUCACAUGUGACGAUCUUACCUUUAUUCGAUCUUUUUUAAUAUAUAUGGUGAAGACAGUUCUGGAGAUUUUGAACGACAUGCAAGGUGAAUGGUGGUUUGCCAGACAUAAGGCUAGUGGCAAAACCGGCUACAUACCAAGUAACUACGUCGCCAAAGAGAAAAGCAUCGAAUCACAACCAUGGUACUUUGGAAAACUUCGGCGAAUUGAUGCCGAGAAGAUGUUGUUACAACUGGGGAAUCAGCACGGUUCGUUUAUGGUGCGAGAGUCGGAGAGCCGUCAGAGCGAUCUGUCAUUGUCAGUUCGCGAAGAAGACUGUGUUAAACAUUACCGUGUCCGUCGACUGGAUCAGGGCGGAUACUUUAUUACUAGGCGACGACCGUUCAAUACUUUACAAGAUCUCAUCGCUCACUACACUAAAAAUGCCGAUGGAUUAUGCGUACAACUAGAUAAGGCUUGCGUCAAAUGUGACGCACCGCAGACGUUCACCUUUACCCACGAUGAUCAAUGGGAAAUCGAUCGCCGUUCAGUCAUCUUCACUAAACAAAUCGGCUCCGGUCAAUUCGGCGAGGUUUGGGAAGGCCGCUGGAACGGUACGGUGCCGGUGGCGGUGAAGAAACUUAAGUCGGGUGCAGCCGAUCCGAACGACUUUCUGACUGAGGCCCAGAUCAUGAAGAAGCUCAGGCAUCCGAAACUUCUUACACUGUACGCGGUUUGCACAAGAGAUCAGCCGAUUUUAAUCAUAACCGAAUUGAUGCAGGAAAAUCUGUUAACGUUCUUGCACGGCAAGGGCAAGCAGUGCACAGUUGUUCAUCUCGUCGAAAUCGCUGCACAGGUGGCCGCUGGUAUGGCAUACCUUGAAGAGAUGAACUUCAUCCAUCGUGAUUUAGCAGCUCGUAACAUUCUCACAAAAAACAACCUUAAUGUGAAAAUAGCCGAUUUUGGCUUAGCUCGACUUCUUCACAAGGAGAACCAAUAUGAGGCUCGAGUAGGGGCUCGAUUUCCAAUUAAGUGGACUGCCCCGGAAGCAGCGAACCUGAAUCGGUUCAGCACGAAGUCCGAUGUAUGGAGCUUUGGAAUCUUACUCACAGAGAUCGUAACCUACGGCCGGGCGCCCUAUCCAGGUAUGACCAAUGCCGAAGUACUGCAACAAGUGGAUGCUGGCUACCGUAUGCCUCGCCCGUCAUCCUGUCCAUCGGAACUAUAUGAGCUAAUGUGUCAAUGCUGGCAUGCUGAUCCAGAAAAGCGGCCGACUUUCGAGACGCUACAAUGGAAACUUGAGGAUCUUUUCAAUCUCGAUGCAACCGAAUACAAGGAAGCGGUGCCAACCUAA